AUGGGGAAACUGCGUUCUUACGAGGAUAACACCUACUUCGCCAACAUAAUGUUCAAGACUCUGGGAUAUGAUCUAUUUUACUCACCCAGACCCAGUUGGCAGAAUCUUCUGCUACGCAUCUAUUUCGUUCUGUGCAUGGCGAGCAACUGCUACGCGGCUUCAAUGGUGACUUAUAGAAUCCUUCAGUGGGAAUCCGUGGCCGGAAGUUCCUCCAAAAUUAUGCGACAAGGACUACACUUCUUUUACAUGUUCAGCGCCCAAGUGAAGUUUGUCACAUUUAUGAUGUAUCGAAAACGAAUUCGAUCGCUGAGUAAUAAUUUGAAGGAAGUAUAUCCGCUUGAUGAGAAAAAUCAAAAGGAUUAUAAUGUCGAUAGAUUUUACCUGUCGCGAACAACUCGCUAUGUUUUGUACUCAUAUUACAUUACAAUGGUUUUCAUGGCAUUAUUACCUCUCAUUCAGUCCUGCAUUAUGUACCUGAUAGGAUUCGGUAGUGAACCGUUUUCUUAUAAACGCAUUUUCCCCACGCGUUUUACAUUCGAUGCAGAUACGCCUUUGGGUUAUGUGGGGGCCUAUGUAAUAGACAUUACCUAUAGUCAAUUUAUCGUGAAUGUAAGCUUGGGUACAGACCUAUGGAUGAUGUGUAUUUCAAGUCAAAUCUCGAUGCACUUUGCCUAUAUAGCCAAUUUAUUAUCCUCCUAUUGUCCAAGUAGAGAAGGAGAACGACAAGAUUGCCAUUUUCUGGCAGGUCUGGUUAAAAGACAUCAACUAAUUCUUCGAUACAACAACGAUGUAAAUGAUGUAUUUGGACUUCUUUUGGCAUCCAAUCUUUUUAUCACUGCCAGCUUACUCUGCUGUGUGGCCUACUAUAGCGUCGUGCAGGGUUUUAAUAUGGAAGGCUUUUCGUAUAUGAUGCUCUUUAUGAGUGUGACAGCCCAAUUUUAUAUGGUCAGCUUACAUGGACAAAUGCUCAUCGACUUUAGUACCAAAAUAUCUGAGGCUGCAUACGAAAACAAGUGGUACGACGGAUCGUUGCGAUACAAAAAGAAAAUACUUAUUAUAAUGGGUCGCGCCCAACGCCCUGCAGAAAUAUCAGCCAAGGGAAUUAUUAUUAUUUCCCUUGAUACCUUUAAGAUAUUGAUGACCAUCACAUACCGAUUCUUUGCGGUUAUACGUCAAACUGCAGAAAAAUAA